AUGGCGCCCCUGGCUCAGGCUGUGACUGUGUCUCUCAAGGACCUGCAGAAUGGAGACGUCUCCUUUGAGACUCUGCAGCAGGCUUUUGGCCCUGACUCUCUCGGUAUCCUAGUGGUCAAGGACGUUCCACAAGAAUUCGCCCAGCUGCGCCAUGUCGCCCUAUCAUAUGGAUCCUAUUUGGGAAACUUGCCCAAAGAGGAACUGGACAAGUUGGAAAACGCCAAAGCAAAGUAUCUCACCGGCUGGUCGUUGGGCAAGGAGACUCUCAAGAAUGGUCAGGCCGAUACCUUCAAGGGAUCCUACUACGCCAACUGUGCCUUUUACGUGAAUCCCAGCCUAGAAUGUGCUGAGCCCACGGCCGAGUUCUCACCGGAGACGUUCCCAGAGUACCUGUCGCCAAACGUCUGGCCCGCCGAGAACGUGCUGCCCGGUAUGAAGCCGGCAGUGACGACUCUCUGCCGCCUCAUUAUCGACGUUGCCGUGCUGGUGGCGCGCGCUUGUGACCGCUUUGCCGAGCAGGAGAUCCAGGGGUACCCCAAGGGCUACCUGGAGCACGUCGUCAGCACGUCCAACACCACCAAGGCGAGGCUGCUGCACUACUUUCCCCAGGGGGCGUCUGAGGCGGCGUCGACUGCGGCAGAGGGCGACGAGGACGACUGGUGCGGCACCCAUCUCGAUCAUGGCUGCUUGACGGGACUCACGUCUGCCAUGUUCAUCGACGAGAAGGAGGUCAACCCGGCGGUGCCAACAGCAGACUUGACAAGCCUCAACGGCGCCUCUCUGCCUCCUCUAGAGGAGCUGCCUGCCUCACCCGACGCCGCAGCUGGUCUCUACAUCAAGUCUCGAACGGGCGAGACAGUGCAGGUCAAGAUCCCUCGUGACUGCAUCGCGUUCCAGACGGGCGAGGCUCUGGAACGCAUCACGGCGGGCAAGUUCAAGGCGGUGCCUCACUUUGUGAGGGGGGUGAGGGCCAGCGUGAGCGAUGGGAGGGUAGCGAGGAAUACGCUGGCCGUGUUUACGCAGCCCAACCUUGGCGAGGAGGUUGACAUUGAACAGCACUUGACGUUUGGCGAGUUUGCCAGAGGCGUCGUGACGAAGAACACUGUGUCUUAG